AACUAGGGCUAGGAGUCGGUGCGGGAGCGGGAGCAGGGCCAUGCCCGAGCCGCCCCCCAGAACGCCCUGAGCCUGGACCCCUGCCACCACCCAUUCGGGCGCUCCCCAGGGGCCUGACGCACCUUCGCCAUGGGCAGCAAGGAGCGCUUCCACUGGCAGAGCCAUAACGUGAAGCAGAGUGGUGUGGAUGAUAUGGUGCUGCUGCCCCAGAUCUCCGAGGACGCCAUCGUGGGCAACCUCCGCAAGCGCUUCAUGGAUGACUACAUCUUUACCUAUAUCGGCUCCGUGCUCAUCUCCGUAAACCCCUUCAAGCAGAUGCCUUACUUCACUGACCGUGAGAUCGACCUCUACCAGGGCGCGGCUCAGUACGAGAAUCCCCCACACAUCUAUGCUCUUACGGACAACAUGUACCGGAACAUGCUCAUUGACUGUGAGAACCAGUGUGUCAUCAUCAGCGGAGAGAGCGGAGCAGGAAAGACAGUGGCAGCCAAAUACAUCAUGGGCUACAUCUCCAAGGUCUCCGGUGGGGGCCAGAAGGUCCAGCACGUCAAGGAUAUCAUCCUACAAUCAAACCCACUGCUAGAGGCCUUCGGCAACGCCAAGACCGUGCGCAACAACAACUCCAGCCGCUUUGGCAAGUACUUUGAGAUCCAGUUCAGCCGUGGUGGGGAGCCAGAUGGGGGCAAGAUCUCCAACUUCCUGCUAGAGAAAUCCCGUGUGGUCAUGCAGAACGAAAAUGAGAGGAACUUCCACAUCUACUACCAGCUGCUGGAAGGAGCCUCCCAGGAGCAGCGGCAGAACCUGGGACUCAUGACCCCCGACUACUAUUACUACCUACAGUCGGACACCUACAAGGUGGAUGGCACGGACGACCGGAGUGACUUCAGUGAGACUCUGAACGCCAUGCAGGUCAUCGGGAUCCCGCCCAAUGUCCAGCAGCUGGUCCUGCAGCUUGUGGCCGGGAUCUUGCACUUGGGAAACAUCAGCUUCUGUGAAGACGGGAAUUAUGCCCGGGUGGAGAGUGUGGACCUGCUGGCUUUCCCCGCCUACCUGCUGGGCAUCGACAGUGGGCGGCUGCAGGAGAAGCUGACCAGCCGCAAGAUGGACAGCCGCUGGGGCGGACGCAGCGAGUCCAUCGACGUGACCCUCAACGUGGAGCAGGCGGCCUACACCCGCGAUGCCCUGGCCAAGGGGCUCUACGCCCGGCUCUUCGACUUUCUCGUGGAGGCCAUCAACCGAGCUAUGCAGAAGCCGCAGGAGGAAUACAGCAUUGGUGUUCUUGACAUCUACGGCUUCGAGAUCUUCCAGAAAAAUGGCUUCGAGCAGUUCUGCAUCAACUUUGUCAAUGAGAAGCUGCAGCAAAUCUUUAUCGAGCUCACCCUGAAAGCCGAGCAGGAGGAGUACGUGCAGGAGGGCAUCCGCUGGACCCCCAUCCAGUACUUCAACAACAAAAUCGUCUGCGACCUCAUUGAAAACAAGCUGAGCCCCCCGGGCAUCAUGAGCGUCCUGGACGACGUGUGCGCCACCAUGCACGCCACGGGCGGCGGCGCCGACCAGACGCUGCUGCAGAAGCUGCAGGCGGCCGUGGGCACCCACGAGCACUUCAACAGCUGGAGCUCGGGCUUCGUCAUCCACCACUACGCGGGCAAGGUCUCCUAUGAUGUGAAUGGCUUCUGCGAGAGGAACCGGGAUGUUCUGUUCUCUGACCUCAUAGAGCUGAUGCAGACCAGUGAGCAGGCCUUCCUCCGGAUGCUCUUUCCUGAGAAGCUGGAUGUAGACAAGAAGGGCCGCCCCAGCACCGCCGGCUCCAAGAUCAAGAAACAAGCCAAUGACCUAGUGGCCACGCUAAAGAGGUGUACACCGCACUAUAUCCGCUGCAUCAAACCCAACGAGACCAAGAAGCCCCGUGACUGGGAGGAGAGCAGGGUCAAGCACCAGGUGGAGUACCUGGGCCUGAAGGAGAACAUCAGGGUACGCCGGGCUGGCUUUGCCUACCGUCGCCAAUUCUCCAAGUUCCUGCAGAGGUACGCCAUCCUGACCCCAGAGACGUGGCCGCAGUGGCGUGGGGAUGAACGUCAGGGGGUCCAGCACCUUCUCCGAGCAGUCAACAUGGAGCCAGACCAGUACCAGAUGGGGACCACCAAGGUCUUUGUCAAGAACCCUGAGUCACUCUUCCUCCUGGAGGAGAUGCGAGAGCGGAAGUUCGAUGGCUUUGCCCGCACCAUCCAGAAGGCUUGGCGGCGCCACGUGGCAGUCCGGAAGUACGAAGAGAUGCGCGAGGAAGCGUCCAACAUCCUGCUGAACAAGAAGGAGCGGAGGCGGAACAGCAUCAACCGGAACUUCGUGGGGGACUACUUGGGGCUGGAAGAGCGGCCGGAGCUGCGUCAGUUCCUGGGCAAGAGGGAACGCGUGGACUUCGCUGACUCGGUCACCAAGUAUGACCGCCGCUUCAAGCCCAUCAAGAGGGACUUGAUCCUGACGCCCAAGUGUGUGUAUAUGAUCGGGCGGGAGAAGGUGAAGAAGGGACCAGAGAAGGGCCAGGUGCGUGAGGUCCUGAAGAAGAAGGUGGAGAUCCAGGCCCUUCGGGGAGUUUCCCUCAGCACGCGGCAGGACGACUUCUUCAUCCUCCAAGAAGACACGGCCGACAGCUUCCUAGAGAGCAUCUUCAAGACCGAAUUCGUCAGCCUCCUGAGCAAGCGUUUCGAGGAGGCGGCGCGGAGGGCCCUGCCCCUCACCUUCAGCGACACACUACAGUUCCGAGUGAAGAAGGAGGGCUGGGGCGGAGGUGGCACCCGCAGUGUUACUUUCUCCCGUGGCUCCGGCGACGUGGCUGUGCUCAAGGCUAGCGGCCGUUCCCUCACGGUCAGCGUGGGUGACGGGCUGCCCAAAAGCUCCAAGCCUACACGGAAAGGAAUGGCUCAAGGAAGACCUCGAAGGGCAGCCCAGGACCCUACCCGGGCAGCCCCUGGGCCUCCCAGAGGCCUGGACCGCAAUGGGGUGCCCCCCUCGGCCAGAAGGGGGGACCUACCCCUAGAGAUCACAUCUGGAGGGGGCUCCCAGCAGCCUUUCCGGGGCCCACCAUCCUCAGCCCUGAGGGCCAGCAGACGCCCCCGGGCACGGCCUCCCUCGGAGCACAACACAGAAUUCCUUAAUGUGCCUGACCAAGGCAUGGCAGGCAUGCAGAGGAAGCGCAGUGUGGGGCAGCGACCUGUGCCAGGCGUGGGCCGACCCAAGCCCCAGCCUCGGACGCAUGGCCCGCGGUGCCGGGCACUGUACCAGUACGUGGGUCAAGAUGUGGACGAGCUGAGCUUCAAUGUGAACGAGGUCAUCGAGAUCCUGAUGGAAGAUCCCUCGGGCUGGUGGAAAGGCCGGCUGCAUGGCAAGGAGGGCCUCUUCCCAGGAAACUACGUGGAGAAGAUCUGAGAGGCGGCCCCCGAUUCUGCCUCCUGCCUGCCUGCCUGCCGGCCAGGGGCCGAGGCCCUGCCGCGGGGGCCUCAUUUUCCUCGGCCGCAUUGGCCAGA